CACGACAUCACCAGCGACUCGCCAUCAAUUCAGUCAGCAAUAUGUCUGCAAGCUCUAGUCUCUGGCAGGAAGCUCGUCAUUCCGAUGGCCGGGUAUACUACUAUAAUGUUCAAACCAAGGCCACGCAAUGGGCAAAGCCUGCCGAGAUGUUGACUCCUGUAGAGCGCGCGCUAUCAAAUCAGCCAUGGAAGGAAUACACUGCAGAAGGUGGACGCAAGUAUUGGUACAAUACUGAGAGCAAGCAAAGUACAUGGGAAAUGCCUGAAGUUUACAGAGCCGCUCUCGCACAAGCUCAACCUCCCGCAGCACCGUCUGGAAGUGCCUCUACUUUCGUUGCCGGUGGAACAACCUCGUUUAGCCCCUACCCUCAGCAACAGCGUGAGCGCGAUGAUUACGACCGCAGUGCUGCACCGGACCGCCGUGGAGGUUACAGUGGAUUAGAUACAAAUGGUCUGAUUACUGCUCAACAGACUGACCCAGAGUACAGCUCCUUUGAAGAAGCCGAGAGUGCGUUCAUGAAGCUACUACGACGGUGUAAUGUUCAGCCUGAUUGGACAUGGGAACAGGCUAUGCGUGCGGUUAUCAAAGAUCCCCAGUAUCGUGCUCUGAAAGAUCCAAAAGACCGGCGGACAGCCUUUGAGAAGUAUACGGCUGAGGUCCGCAUGCAGGAGCGCGAUCGCGCGAAGGAGAGGUUUGCUAAAUUGCGCGCAGAUUUCAAUACUAUGCUAAAAAGCCAUCCUGAAAUUAAGCACUACAGCAGAUGGAAAAAUAUCCGCCCUAUCAUUGAGGGUGAAACAAUAUUCAGAUCUACCAACGAUGAGAAUGAACGGCGCCAGUUAUUUGAAGAAUAUAUACUUGAGCUAAAGAAGACUCAUGUGGAACAAGAGGCUAUUACUCGCAAAGCCGCUAUGGAUGAUCUGGUGAAAAUUCUAAAAGCUCUACAACUUGAGCCAUAUGCAAGAUGGUCUGAAGUGCAAAAUUCACUAGCCACAAACGAAAGAAUCCAAAAGGAUGAGAAGUUCAAAACCCUGAGCAAAUCUGACAUUCUGACCGCUUUUGAAAAUCAUAUCAAGUCUCUUGAACGAACAUUCAAUGACGCUCGCCAGCAGCACAAGGCUGCCAAAGCUAGGAGAGAACGCCAUCAUCGCGAGGGUUUUGUCGAACUCCUCAAGGAAUUGCGUUCUCAAGGAAAAAUCAAAGCUGGGAGUAAAUGGAUGCAAGUUCAUCCCCUGAUUCAAGAGGACCCUCGGUAUGUAGCAAUGUUAGGCCAAGGCGGCUCCAGUCCUUUAGAUCUAUUUUGGGAUAUGGUGGAAGAAGAGGAAAGGUUACUGCGUGAACCACGUAAUGAUGUUCUUGACGUCCUUGAUGACAAACGUUAUGACAUCACUACGAAGACAACAUUUGAAGACUUUAUGUCAGUGAUGGCCAGCGACCGCCGGACAGCCAAUAUUGACUCUAAUAUUCUUCAACUCAUCUUCCAGCGUAUCCAGGAGAGGGCUCAGCGACGCACAGAAGACGAAAAACAUGCAGCUGAUCGCCAUCAACGUCGUGCUGUGGAUGCAUUGCGCUCUCGUAUCAAGCACUUGGAACCCGCAGUUCGUAUUAGCGAUACAUGGGAAUCAGUGCGGCCGAGGAUUGAAAGGUUUGAAGAAUAUACUGCCCUUGAUUCUGACGAUCUCCGCCAAAGUGCCUUUGACAAAUACAUUCGUCGGCUCAAGGAAAAAGAAGAAGACGCGGAGCGAGACCGUGAUAGAGAUCGUGGAUCUCGCCGCGGCGACCAUCACGACCGGUCUGACCGCGACUCUCGGAGUGGCCCGUACCGUUCAGAUCGGAGAGUGAGACCCAGUCGAACGCCAGAGCCGGAUCCAUAUGAAGCAGACCGUCGAAAAGCCCAGGCGGAUCGUGAGCGGUCAUAUCGCAAAGUAAGCGGUCUUUCUCCUGUUCACGAAAGAAGAGAUGAUCGUGAUCGAUUACGGGAUAGAGAACGCGAGCGAGACCGUGAUCGACGCGCACCAGCUCACUAUGAUCGCGAGCGCCGUGAUCGAGAGGAUGAGCGCGAGCGACUUUACCGAACCCGUGGAGAUCCACGUGGAAGCCGUGAUGAACUGGAUUACGGAGGAGACUCACGCAGUACAGUAAGUAAUGACCGUCGUCGUAGACGUGACAGCGACGCAGAAAGUGCAGCUAGCCGCAACACCAAACGGUAUAAACGUGAUGAUCGCGAAAAGGAUCGAUCGCGAGACCGUAGCCAUCGUGACCGGGACCGGCUUUCUGGUGGAAGUCGCACUCCAGCAGUGACAGGCGAAGACGAGGCCAAGAAGGAGGAGAAGACGGUCCACUCUGGGAGCGAGGAGGGGGAGAUCGAGGAAGAUUGAUGAUUAUAACUACCAUUCGCUGAUGUUACUGGUCUGUGAGUGAGAUUUCCCAAUCUACCUUUAGAGAAUAUGCUUCAUUGUGUCAAGCUCUGGCUUUCUCCUAACUCUUUUCUGCGAUAAAAAUAUAUAACAAUAACAUAAUACAUACUCAAAAUAAUAUUGAAUUUGUCAUUAUCUUGUUUC